GCCCGGAAGUAAACAUUGCCGGACUAGUUUCGUUUCUAUCGGAUGGUUGUGGGGUAGGCUGCGGCCAGACCGGGUCAUCAUGUCGGCCGCAGCUGUGGACACGGUUAAUGCUGCACCCCUAUCGGGGUCCAAAGAAAUGAAUUUGGAAGAACCAAAGAAGAUGACUCGAGAGGACUGGAGAAAGAAGAAGGAGCUAGAAGAACAGCGAAAACUGGGUAAUGCUCCAGCAGAAGUUGAUGAAGAGGGAAAAGACAUCAACCCUCAUAUUCCUCAGUAUAUUUCUUCAGUGCCAUGGUAUAUUGAUCCAUCAAAAAGACCUACUUUAAAGCAUCAGAGACCACAACCAGAGAAACAAAAGCAAUUCAGCUCAUCUGGGGAAUGGUAUAAGAGGGGAGUAAAAGAGAAUUCCAUAACUACUAAGUACCGCAAAGGAGCAUGUGAAAAUUGUGGGGCCAUGACACACAAAAAGAAAGACUGCUUUGAGAGACCUAGGCGAGUUGGUGCCAAAUUUACAGGUACUAAUAUAGCUCCAGAUGAACAUGUCCAGCCUCAACUGAUGUUUGACUAUGAUGGAAAAAGAGAUCGGUGGAAUGGCUAUAAUCCAGAAGAACACAUGAAAAUUGUGGAAGAAUAUGCCAAAGUUGAUCUGGCCAAACGAACUUUGAAAGCCCAGAAACUGCAAGAAGAAUUAGCCUCAGGAAAACUAGUGGAACAAGCUAAUUCUCCAAAACACCAGUGGGGAGAAGAGGAACCAAAUUCUCAAAUGGAAAAAGAUCACAACAGUGAAGAUGAGGAUGAAGACAAAUAUGCAGAUGAUAUUGACAUGCCAGGACAGAAUUUUGACUCUAAGAGACGAAUUACUGUCCGGAAUCUCAGGAUUCGAGAAGAUAUUGCAAAAUACUUGAGAAAUUUAGAUCCAAAUUCUGCCUACUAUGAUCCAAAAACUAGAGCAAUGAGAGAGAAUCCUUAUGCCAACGCUGGAAAGAAUCCAGAUGAAGUGAGUUAUGCAGGAGAUAACUUUGUUAGAUACACAGGAGAUACCAUCUCAAUGGCUCAGACACAGUUGUUUGCUUGGGAAGCCUAUGACAAAGGAUCUGAAGUGCAUCUACAGGCAGAUCCUACAAAACUAGAGCUGUUGUAUAAGUCCUUCAAAGUCAAAAAGGAAGACUUCAAAGAACAGCAAAAAGAAAGCAUCCUAGAAAAGUAUGGUGGCCAAGAACACUUGGAUGCUCCUCCAGCUGAAUUGCUUUUAGCCCAGACCGAAGACUAUGUAGAAUACUCAAGACAUGGUACAGUCAUCAAAGGACAAGAGCGAGCUGUUGCCUGCUCCAAAUAUGAGGAGGAUGUAAAGAUCCACAACCAUACACAUAUCUGGGGAUCUUACUGGAAGGAUGGCCGAUGGGGAUACAAAUGCUGUCACUCUUUUUUCAAGUUUUCCUAUUGUACUGGAGAAGCUGGAAAGGAUAUUGUUAAUUCAGAAGAAUGUAUUAUAAAUGAUGUAAGUGGAGAAGAAUCUGUGAAAAAACCUCAAACCCUCAUGGAAAUGCAUCAGGAAAAACUAAAAGAAGAGAAAAAGAAGAAGAAAAAGAAAAAGAAGAAGCACCGAAAGAGCAGCUCAGAUAGUGAGGAUGAAGAAAAGAAACAUGAAAAAUUGAAAAAGGCACUGAAUGCAGAAGAGGCCCGCCUUCUUCAUGUUAAGGAGAUCAUGCAGGUUGAUGAGAGGAAACGGCCUUACAAUAGCAUAUAUGAAACUCGGGAACCCACCGAAGAGGAAAUGGAGGCCUACAGAAUGAAACGGCAGAGGCCAGAUGACCCCAUGGCCUCUUUCCUUGGACAGUAACUAGUCGUAGAAAUUCAUCCAGGAUAGAUUCAGCUGACAUAGUCUUUUCAACUUCUUGCUCAUGAUUGUAGACUGGAAAAAUCCUUGUCUACUCUUCUUUGCUGACUAACUUUAAUAAAGCUUUCAGAAGUCCCAAAGUAAAUUCAUUCUUUUCCACACUGAAGAAGUGAAGAACUCAAACAGAAAGUACAUUAAGUGUGGAGUAAGAUUGGAAAUAGUCUAAUUUUUAUAUUAGUGAUAUGGAAAAACCUUCACUACUUACCAAGAAUGUUUUGUACUUAACAGUUAAGUCUCAAACUGUUUCCUCAAUUUUUUUUGGCCUUCUGUCUAGUAUUAGCACACACAUUGAAAGUAGAUUAGUUACUCUUUCUCAAAACUAGGGCUUCAUUUUUUUUUUAAUGACUAGCAAUUACAGUUGUAAUUUAACUCUGUUAUUAGUUAUUUUGUAAUCACUUGUUUUUACCUUAUCAGGUUUUCCUGGUCUGAAAUGAAAAAAGUUAUUUUUACCUUGGUCUUUGGGUCACUAUUUUCUCAUUCUUGAGUCAAUAUAAUAGUACUUUUACUACUAUUGGAAAAAUACUAGAAAAACAGAAAUUCUUUCAUUUAUCAUAGUAGAUAUGGUUUGUAAUAUUUUGUUAUUUAUUAUGCCUUUAUGUAAUGAUCAUGAUAUUAAGUUAGAUUGUAAGAGAGUGCAGAAUAUCUGAGAGAUACCUAAUCUUCAUAGCUAGCAGGUGUCACUUUGUAAAAUUUACAGGGAUCAAAACCUGAAGUUGGAGGUUUCUUCAGAGAAUUGUAAUGAUAGCUUGUAUGGAUCUUAGUAACUGAGAUCACUAUGAUCCCCAGGACACUUUAUAAAAAUAAUGCUGAUAGAGCA